GCCGGUGAAAGUUCAAAUCUCUGUAUAGGUAAAGUUCACCACUAAAGGGAACAUUUUCCUUAGUCACUGUUGAGAGGCUUAACUGUUUCCUAGAUGAAGACAGAGAGGAAGAGGGAGAAAGAAUCAGUUUGUCCUGGCAAGCAAGCAAGCAACAGCAUUGUGAAUGUACAGAAGGAAGAAAGAGCAGCAAGGAGCGAAGGAAAGAAAAAUGGCUGUAUCUCCUGAUGACUCCAUGACCUCUGCACGGCUCUCCACUCGUGGCCUGCCCGCCAUGGCCUCCAUCAGCAGCGCCACAUCCGAUGCACGAUUUCAUUUCAAAUGGAGGGCCAUUACAAUGGUAACCAUGCUAGUCCUAGGCCUGCUGCUAUAUCUGCACCAAACAGCAGGGGGCAACACAGAUGACACACAGCCCUUUAUACAGCACCGCAGCAGCAGCAAUGAGGCAAGGUUAAGACGUCUGAACCGUGACACCAAGGAAUGGUGUAAUGCGCAUUACAAUGAUACCUACCCACUAACGCCUCCGGAACACACAGCCAACGGCAUUCGAUACCGCAUCGGCGUGAUCGCAGACUUAGACACAAACUCACACAAAAAAAGCCACAACACUUGGUACAGCUACCUGCGGAGAGGCUACUUGCUGGUGUCAGACAGCGGAGACAGUGUGGCGGUGGAGUGGGACCCAGACACAGUGGUGCUAGAGAGCCACUUGGCCGAGAAGGGCCGGGGCAUGGAACUUUCUGACCUGGUGACCUUUAAUGGGCAGCUGUACAGUGUGGACGAUCGCACAGGUGUGGUGUUCCGAAUCGAGGGCAACAGGGCAGUGCCAUGGGUCAUCCUGCCUGAUGGAGAUGGCACCGUUUCCAAAGGCUUUAAGGCAGAGUGGAUGGCGGUGAAGGAUGAGCACCUGUAUGUUGGUGGGCUGGGGAAGGAGUGGACAACCACGACAGGCGAGUUCGUGAACAACAACCCGGAGUGGGUAAAAGUUAUUGGCUUCCGUGGAGACGUGCAGCACGAGAACUGGGUGCCCCACUACAGCGCCCUGCGGGUCGCCGCAGGCAUCAAACCUCCUGGUUAUCUUAUCCACGAGUCUGCAGCAUGGAGCGACCGUCUGCAACGCUGGUUCUUUCUGCCCCGCCGAGCCAGCUCAGAGCGCUACGACGAGACAGCAGACGAACGCCGCGCCACCAACCUAGUCCUCAGCUGCCCAUCUGAUUUCAGUCAGUUCUCUGUGUCCCAUGCUGGACCACUGCUGCCCACCCACGGCUUCUCUUCCUUCAGGUUCAUCCCUGACACGGACGACCAGAUGGUGCUGGCACUGAAGUCCGAAGAGGAUGCAGGCACUAUUGCCACCUACAUCACGGCCUUCACUUUGGACGGUCGCAUCCUGCUGCCCGAGACAAAGAUCGGAGACGUGAAGUAUGAGGGUCUGGAGUUCAUCUAGACAAGAUUAUUUCCUGCCAGCUCAGCUGGCGAGAGUGCAAAGAGGGGGCCUUGGUGUUGACCCGUCCAUGAUCAGUACAAUGUGGUAGAAAUGUCAUGAACAGAUUAAGGGGUUAUUUCAGGAACCAGGAAUUCUUAGCCAGAUAACUUAAGCCCAAAGACCUGUUUAACAGGAGGAGUGAGGAUAGGCCUUUAUACAAUACACAAUAUGCAUCAUGCUGUUUGAUUUUUCUGAAGCAUAAUGUGCUCAUAUCCAAUCAGAUACUUGUUACUAUACAGUUCACACUGUUACUGUACACUGGUUGUUGUUUUUACAGGUCUUUUUUGUGAUCCAUUCAGCUUUUCAGUGUUCCAGAGGUUCUGACAAUACCAAUGAUAUAUUCAGAAAAGCAUGUAAUUAUGUAAUUAUACGUUUUAUCAUGAUAAUACAGGGGUAGCAAUAUGGUGAUAAUUAUUGUUAAUGUCAAAUUGUCACAUCACAGCAUGCCUUUUGAGUAUAUUGUGGAUAUUUUAAGUAACUUAAAAGGUACUUUUUAUUUUCCUGCAUAAUUCAGUCAUUGAGAUGUAAAGUCAGAUUGGUUUGAUGCAAAACAGUUAAUUAUAAAGAAACCUUCAAACAUCUUUACAGUGGUAGAGAUAGGAACCAGAGGUCGCAAUGUUUACAAUGCAAAUAUAGUCAUUUUAUUUACUAUCCAAAAGCGUUUCAAUUUUGCUAUAUCACCCACUACUAUAAGUAAUGGGCAUUGCACUCACUUUGGGCUUAAGUUAUUUAGCUCACUGAAAAAUCCUGUUUUGUGAAAUGCCCCUGUGCUUCUCUUUUGAUAUUUCUAUAUAGGCUUCAAGUGGUGCCACUGCACCCUUCUGUAUGUACCUGUUUGUCUAGGAGUCACCAUGGAGAUGUAAGAGAACAAGUACCUGACACCUGGGUUGCCAUGGUGAGGAAGACAGAUGAAGUCAAGUAAAAGAGAAAGAGAAGCAGGUUUAUCAUGUCAGGUUAAAGCACAUGUUCUGUGAACUCCAGCUGUGGGCUGAAGUCUGUUGUGGGCUGCAUCAUGGAGGAAAACAGUGCUGCUAAAGACUCAGGGGUUUUCAAGUAAAACGCACAACAUAGUCUAACCAAAUGGAAUAACUUUAACUAAAAGAUGAAGCAACAUGGAAAAGAAAUACAUUUAUUUAAGUUCUAUUUCAUAUAUUUUAAUUGCCAGCUUUUUAAAAAUACAGUAGUCCUAAACACUAACGUGAGUGUUUUUAUUUUUGUUUUAUUCUGUUUAAAAAGCUGCUGAACUGCACAUACAUUUUGAAUGUAACUCAUCUGAGUUCUGACCAUCAGGGAUCAAAAAUGUUAAGCAGUCUUGCUCUUGGCCAAUAAACAUUAAAAUAAAGGUGCUUGAA